AUGCCGAUCUUGAGAUCUGGUGUGAUGCGGUUUGCCCGACUUCCAACCCGCAUGCCCCUGGUGGGUGAGCCUCGACAACGCUUUGUGCUUGUUAUUCACGGCAGCCUCACUUCUUUGCGAUGCCAAGUACGCGGCUGCUCCGCUGAGGCAAGCGCGCAAGCAGAGAAGCAGGACUUUGGAGCCCCGCUGCUGUCGCCGAUACCUCCACCCAUACAGCCAGUCUUGUGGGGCACCAGCAUGAAGGCCCUCGUCAAGACAGAGCGCUCUGGUGGACUCACGCUGACUGAUGUGCCCAAACCUGCUAUUGGUCCGAAUGACGUCCUCAUUGAGAUCUCCAAGACAGCCAUUUGUGGGACAGAUGUGCAUAUCUACGAUUGGAAUGACUGGGCAAAGCGCACUAUUCCAACACCGAUGGUUGUUGGGCACGAGUAUUGCGGCACUAUCAAAGAGAUGGGUUCAGAAGUGACUGGCCUCGAAAUUGGCCAGAGAGUCACUGGAGAGGGUCACAUCACCUGUGGCUUUUGCCGCAAUUGCCGAGCUGGGCGGCGACAUUUGUGUCGCGAGACCGUCGGAGUUGGAGUAAAUCGACCAGGGGCUUUCGCUGAAUACUUGUGUCUUCCCUCAAUCAACGUCUUCAAGCUCAGCGACAAUGUGUCGGAUGACAUUGCCAGCUUUAUGGAUGCCCUGGGCAAUGCAACGCAUACAGCUUUGUCCUUCAACUUAGUGGGCGAAGAUGUCCUGAUCACUGGUGCAGGGCCUAUAGGUGUAAUGGCCGCCGCUAUUUGUCGUCACGUGGGGGCAAGACAUGUUGUGGUCACUGACAUCAAUGACUAUCGACUGAACCUUGCGGUGAAGUGUGGUGCUACCAAAGCCCUGAAUGUAAGCGGCGGUGAUGCGACGGAGAAAUUGCGGAAGGUCAUGAAGGAACUGAACAUGACAGAGGGCUUUGAUGUUGGCUUGGAGAUGUCUGGGGUUCCUAGCGCAGUCCACUCGAUGCUGGAAACGUUGAAUGUGGGAGCACAUGUGGGCUUGCUUGGAAUUCCAUCCCAGCCCUUCCCCAUCAAUUGGGACCAUGUGGUUUUCAAAGGCCUUGUCAUCAAGGGAAUCUACGGCCGGGAGAUGUUUGAAACCUGGUACAAAAUGCAAAGCAUGCUGGUGGGUGGACUUCAAGAGAAGAUUAUGCCUGUCAUCACGCACAGGUAUGAUGUCGAUCAGUUUGACGAGGGCUUUUCAGCCAUGCUCUCCGGACAAGCGGGUAAAAUCGAGUCUCGGAUGCUGGUGUCUUGCGGUGCAGAGGGCUCCGUCGCUGUAUGGGAUGCUGAUAGCGGAAACUUGGAUUGUCGACUCAUGGGCCAUAUUGGCACAGUUACAACAGUCGCUGUUUGCCCAACAAACUCAGAACUUCUGGCGACCGGCGGAGAGGAUCACACUGUGCGCCUUUGGGAUUUGCGUGACAUUGAGCCAAGCUCGCAACUUGCGCGAAUGAGCAGAGAGAAGGUGAUGGGAAUCAACCUGGCACACUUCACCCUCAAAGGGCAUGAAGGUGGCAUAUCCCGAGUCCGGUUCACAGGGGAUGGACAGCUGUUGGCCAGUGUCUCCAAAGAUUGCGCUGUGAGGAUCUGGAUUCCGUCUCUCUUCAAUCCCCUUCUGCUGGCCAAAUUUAUUGCCCAUGAGGCUUGGAUACGCGAUGUAUCAUGGUCUCCUGACCAGAAAUCUUUGUUCACCGCGGGUUCUGAUGGGAUGGUCUUCGCAUGGGAGGUGCCUUCAAAGUACCAUGCUCAAGUUCACAAAGGACGCGCCACUGGCAGCAGGAAGUACAAAGCUUGA